CUCGAUUUCACGGUUUUGUGAGUUUGACGGUCAGAGAAAUAUAAGUUUAAACACGUUUUUCAGCUCUCUCUGAAGAACCAUGCACGCUUCUGUGAAAUUCUUGAUUCAUGCCUUUUCACUCCUUUUGAUCGCAAACGCGGCAAUCGGACAUGAAAUAGGACAAAGAUGUCUGCCCGGUAACAAUCACAAGAAAUAUGCGUCCGCCGAAGAGAACUUAUUGGCUUGUAAAGCAUACAAAAAUAAUUCCUGCUGCACGAGUGACUUCACCAGACAACUGGUCCCUUCUCCAAUAAAAAGCAUCUACAAUUUCUCGUGGACGCCUUGUAACAACACCUUGAGCGCCAGAUGUGAAGCGUUUUUGGUUUUGAUCGAAUGUUUCUACCGGUGCUCACCCGAUGCGAUCUAUUGGGAAAAUCCAGAUUUUCCUUCAGCAAUAAAGAAAGCCCCUAUCUGCGCGAGUUUUUGUGAUGAGUGGUACGAUGCUUGCAGAUACGACCUAACCUGUGGGAGAAACUGGCUGACAGACUUCAACGUCAGCGCCGAUGGAGUCAACACGUGUAAACAGCCUUGCAAGAACUUCAGCGCUUACUUCACCAAUGGCAAAGAUCUUUGCGAGGGAAAGUGGGGCCAGACUUUUGUCUACAAAGAAAACGAUGUCGAUUGUUUGAAGAUGAAUAUUACGAGUCCUAACCAGAACGACGAGGUGGUAAAAAAACGACUGGGUAACAAAGAUGCUAAGGGCAGUUCAUUGGUCUCUCGUGCAAGUCUAGUUUUGGUUUGGGUUACGUCACUAUUCCCAGCUUUGAAUAAGUUUCAUUUUGCUUGAACUGUAACUCGCUUUUAAAUGCUGUAUUACUUUAAUUUGAAACUGUUCAAUAGAGUAUGGAUCAAAACUAGGGGUUUAGGUUUAAGAUCAGCAAUAAAAGUCACCAUAAUUGAC